GAAAAACUUAUCGUCACGCGAGUACCUGUUGAGUGUGAGUCUAAGAAAAGAUUAGCGCAAUGAACUCGGACGAGCUGAACGAUCGGAAGCAGAAGCUCAACAACAUCAUUAAGAAGAUCACUGAGAGUCAGCUCCUGAAGAUUCGGGAGGCAGACUCCAAUGUCCGCACUGUCCGCCCCGACUGCAAGUUCACCAUGAACCCUCAAGAACGAGAUAACGAGAUGCACAAGGCGAUGUCUACGAAGAUGAUCAACGACAAAGAGCUGUGUCACUUCGCGACGAGCAGCGUGUCCACAUUCAAGAGUGAGGUGGGCACGUCCGAGCUCCCGAGCGCGCUGCCCAAGCCGGUGGGGCCGGGCGUCACGCUGUAGCUCGCGCAGACACUGAAGCUGCUCAUCAAACAUGACGCUUCAGUACCCCGCACCGACGACAACUAAAUAUUCCUACAACUUUGAAUAUCUGCCCCCAGCGAUGUAUUCCAUCUUUGUGUAAUGUUGUAGUUUAUUGUGCGUCCCCCCAAAUGUCCUUAGCUUGACCAACACCGUUGGAAGGAAGUUUAAAUUAGGUCUUUAGACUACAGAUGCUCUGAUUUAGAUUCUCUUUGGGCUUCACAGUUCUAUUUUGCCGUCGCAACUUAUCAAGAUUACUAAACUCAAUAAUAUUAGCGAAAUUGUUACAACAAUACAGCGGUUCUGGUCAGGCUACAUAUAGUACGGUUCUCUGGUAGCUAAUUAAGUCAAGCCAUUGUUAAUGUUAUGGCAUAUCCCCAUUUGUUGUGAAUCAUUCAUCCUUUGUGUGAAUGUCAAACGUUCUAUCAAAAGCUUGCUAAAAUUGUAUUCUUUUUUUCAUAGUGCCAUUCAGAAUUAGUAGAAAAGAAGUAGCGUCACAAUGACUAGCAAAGCCCACAAUAGUGGUUUGUUUUUUUUUCUAAAAGCUGAGCAAGAUGUAUGAUAAGCGCCCCGCGAUGGCUCAAGACAAGCUUCUUUGCAGUUUUUACAAUAGGGCUCGCUGUUAAAAGUAACCUUUUAUUUAAUUGCGCGACCCCAUGGUAUCUCUGUGUUUAGUGAUUACCCAAAUGUACUAGAAAACUCAUAUCUGAUAACUGAAAAGAUAUUAUAAUUUAGGCACAGUACCUAUGUCAUACUUUUUUUGAUAUUUCGAAUACUAUGCUUGCACUAUAUAAGAGGUUACUAAACAUAAGCUUUAUUCAGUCCUGUUAUUUCGUUUCAGGCAAUUUUUCUGAUAUUUCUGGCGUUGAGAGCGUAAACAGGGAUUAACUAUCAAAAUUAGAAACUACGUUUAGACUCAAUAAUUUCAAAGCUUUGCAUGCAAACAUCAUUAUAUGUGUAUCAACAUAUCCAUCGACUGAGUUUAAUUAGUAUUGUGAUGCAUAACAUUGAAACCGAUCCUGCAGUCCAAGGUAUCAGUGUUGUUUUCGAAAGAACACGAUAUUUUCAAAUAACAGGCCAUUAAUUUAAUUCUUAUAAACUAAAGAUGAACAAUUCCAUACACAUUUAUGAUGUUUGUAUGCUGCAUGUCCAAGAAACUUGCAGACAUAACUAUUUAAAUAAAUCACUUUAUUUUAUUUUACAAGCGUUACGCUUUUGUUUACAUCAGGUUCAUAUAAGAUUUAAUUAUAGUAUUUCUCGGAGAUUAUUUCCUUGGUUAUAUCAAUAAGUUUCUUGUGAAUAUCUGUCACUCUAAAGACAUAACAAUCACAGUGAUCAUUAGCUUCCUAUUCGAAUUAAGUGGAGAUUUUGAGACUGUUUUACAGUUUUCUAGUAGCAUAGGUAAUGUUUAGACUCGUAAGUGACGUCCAUUGUACUGUACUGAGCUUAUUUACAAUUAUUUGCACCACAGAAUUGUGUAAGAAUAUUGUUUUCGAAACUUUACGCUUAUUACGACCUAAAUUGUGAAUCCGUGACUGUGUUAAGCUAGGUUUACACUGCGACAGAACGUGCGACACCACCAGAUGUAAAUGCUGCAGAGACUUCUUCAUAAAUGUCGUUGUAGACCUACCUGCAUACAUACAUUUCAUAUACUAAAAGGCCGUGGGAUUCCUUUCCCGUGGUUUGAUU